AUGCUGUCUAUCACACCCCAGGGAGAUCACCACCAGCAGUCCCUCUACCUUCCCUUUAGACCGUUGUCUUCCUCGAGCCGCCCUUGCACCGACUUGCCCUUCCUCAGCAGCAUCGCCAGCAGUAUGGGUCACAGCCUCCAUGUCGGCAACACCGUCUCGGUGACGCCAGCCUCGCUCAAGGACUCAGCCAGCGUUGCGCAGGCCCUCGAGAUCGCCAGAGAGAGCGAAGACGGAGCCUCAGACCCGACUGUUAGCAGCAUCCUGGAGAGCGCUAUCAGCCAGAUCUGGGCCAAGGUCGCCGCCCAGCCCGAGUCCUACGUUCUCAACCGAGACGAGUUCGCCGUCUUCAACUACUUCCAGCACCGCUUCAUGGGCAACAAGAUCGCCAUGGCCGCACGCAAGCGCUACUGGGACAACGCCCGCGCAUGA